GGACAUUAGUCAAGUGAGAAACGUCGCGUGAUACGCACACGGUGGACAGUCCAUACUGCUUCGGACAACCGCUCUUUACCAAGUUAUCCAAUUAUUAAGUUCGAAAAAAAGUGCUAAAAUAUCGUGUUGUUUUUCCCCGACUAGAAAAGUGAGUGCGUUGUUAUUCUUCCGGCAUCGACCGCGUCGCCGACAUUGUUUCAUUCAAAUCUCUUCGUACGGUACGUUGCAUUCAAAGUGCAGCCCUUUUCGGCCCGAAUUUGAUUUUGGCCGUUUUCUCCCACUUUCGGGUCUAGCUACAUCAUCGUAUCGCAUCGUUCAGGAAAGAACAGAAGUUUAUUUAUAGCUUAGCAAGCAGUGUUUGUGUGUAUUCUGGAAAUUUGGUCAUCAUUCGCACUAAAUAAUCUACUCCACUGGAUUGAAUUGAGUUUGGCUAUGGGUGAGAGAAGUCAGUUGUUCAGUGCGUUGUCCGUUUUUUGAACACAAGGGGAAGUUUGAAUCUACGAUCGUUGCUGCUCACUCAGUGGGUGAAUUAUUUGUAUCGACUUACGAACAACUGCGCACGGUAGAAGAAGAAGCCUUUAUCAGUGUGAUUCGCCCUGCCGACCGAAGUUGGACAAAAACUGUCAGCCUUACUAUUUUUGAUAUAUAGAUAAAACAUCUUACCUCGCACCGCCAACCCCCUCAGUCCCAACGAUGGCAUCGCCUCUUCCAUCGAGGACUAUGCCUCCGCCUCCUCCGCCAAAGCCCCACAAGUCUCCAACGAUGAACGGGGCCGAAAGGGGACACAUUUACCAGAACAGCAAUAUCAAUAACAACAACAACGGCGAUCUGAUUCAGAACGGUAGCAGCAAAAUCAACCAGACAUCGCCAUUCAGUGCCAGUAAUCCAACGCUACCACCCGCGGAUGAGCAGGUAGUGAUGACACCACGUGGAAAAACGGCCAACUCGACGGUGCUGCUCAUCGAGCGGAAGCUGGUGCAGCAGGUCGGCGAGAGGACUCACGUGGCCGGAGGUGACCACAGAGGGAUCAUCAUUAACAAGGACGCUGCCGCAGGUCAAAAUGCAGAACGCAGUCCCGCGCAGCUCAGCCUCGAGUUUCGAGUCUUCCUAGUCAGCGCCAACACCGGUCAGCAUUCGCAAGAAUCCCGCAAAAUUCGUUUCUGGUUCCGCGACUGGCUACAGGAUGGUGAAGUGCAAGCCCACGUGGCCCAGGACUUCUUCCGUGAGCUGGUCAGCCCGAAAGAAUUUCCCCGAGACUAUGUUGGCUUCAUCAAGAAAAUCAUGAAACAGCUACAGAAAGGCUACAACGAAAUUCAGGCCGUCGAAGUGGAACUUCGAAUAUUGGAGCAAACUUCAGCGCCUCCAUCGCGACCACCUCGUCCUGGACAUGUGAUUUUUUGCUACGGCAAUUGUAACAAAGCUUUCGAUUCCAACGAUAGCAGUUGUAGCCACGACGGUGGUGGUGGUGGUGGUAAAACUCAUUCCAAUAGCAUACACCCCUCUCCAGUUCAUCAGCCAGCUGAACCAGAUCCGAUUACUCCAACCGUAUCAUUUGAGGAUUCACAGUUCGAGGUGGUUCCCCUGACACCAGAAAAGAUUUUGGAGAUGAUUGAACAGGCCUAUCCGAAUCCCAUAACUCCGGAAGAUUUAGCAAAGGACAACGGAUGGGAUGAGGAAGAAGUACUUCAAAUAAUGCUCCUGCUGAAGGAGCGGGGUCUUAUCAAAUCGAUGGAGUUCAACUCGUUCACGCGUAUACAUCACGACGAUAAGGAGAUUAAAAUCGUCAAACAGAUGCCAACCAUUGCGUCCAACAAGCAACCAACGAUUGCCAUCAUCACCGCGCAGUAUUGCGAAAAACUUGCCGUCGAUGCCAUGCUGGAGAACAAGGAAACAUUCGUUCGAUACACCACCGUAGGAACGUCUCCCGAGGCUCCAAUCAAUGGCCUGCAGAGGUAUAGACGAAGUAGAAGACGAUUUGGUGAAUCGAAUGUGUACACUCUGGGCAAUAUUGGCGCUCAUCGUAUCGUCAGCACCAAGUUACCGUCGGUCGGUAGCACCCGCGAGGCCAUGACAGCCGCUGGAAAUACGACUACUCGCCUUCUCGGAACAUUCCAAAAAGUGGACUACGUCUUCAUCGUAGGUUUGGCUGGUGGCAUUCCGCAUUACACCGAUUACAAGAAACACGUCCGUUUGGGAGACGUGGUGAUUGCUGCCGUGUCCGAUCAAAUCAAGAGCUCGUUGGAUGCUCUGGGCAGAACCAAUGCCAAGCCUUACUGUUACGUCUACAACGGUCAAGGUGAUCUAAAAACAUAUUAUCCAGUUGAUGACUGUCUGCAGGCGAUCGGGAAAUCGCUGCAGUUGAAUGAUGAUGGCAAGAAGCCUUGGGAGGUUUAUAUCAAGGAAGGUUUGAUCAAUCUCAACAACAGAAGUGAUAACGAUUUUUCGCGACCAUCCCCGAAUACUGACAAACUUUACAUGAACAUCGGAAACAAGGAUGUCAUCGAGGUAGCACAUCCCGUGGAUCAGGACGAUGUCGACGGAGUACCUCAGACAAGACUUCAUGUCGGCCCCAUCGGGUCGGGAUACGAUCUCAUCAAAUCCGAUAGUCUCAGGACACAGUACUCACAGGAGUAUGGUCUUGUGGCCACUGAUGUGGAAAUGAACUCGGUGCUGGAUAGCAUCGUAGGAAACUGUCGGGACAGUUUCAUCCUGGUUAAGGGCGUUUCCGACUACAAGGACGGCACUACAUCGAAGAAGUGGCAAAACUACGCAUCUCUAGCCGCAGCGGCCGUGAUGAAAACGAUAAUCUGUGCAAUGGAUGCACCGACGAAUGUUUAACGCUGCAUUGCCAUUGAAACAUACGCCAGUCUUCUGAAUGAAAGCAAACUGUAAUCCGCAACCGAUCUAGUUUUUCGACCAGAAAGUACCAAAAUACUAUUUUUUACUUUUUACGGCGUAAGUGUUUUUUAUGUAUUUUAUCGUAAUUUAUUUCUUAUCAUUCAUUCAAGUGAAUAUCUGAGGAAGACCAACUAGCGUGGUAGAUGUAUGAUUAUUUUAUUUAUAUUAGAAACAGAUGAACCUACAA